CUCAACCAACAAACAAAAAAACAACUCAAGAUGUUCAAGUCAAUCAUCCUCGCCGUCUUCGCUCUGAUUGCCUGCGCUGCAGCCAAGCCAGGAAUCGUGGCUCCACUCGCCUACGCCUCACCCUAUGUGGCAUCGCCCUAUGUGGCUUCAUCGUACGUGGCAUCCCCCUAUGUGGCAUCCCCCUAUGUGGCAUCUCCAUAUGUGGCAUCUCCAUAUGUAGCAUCGCCCUAUGCUGCCGCCUACAGCGCAGCUCCACUGCUGCUCCGGAAGUAGAUAAAACCGA